AGGAGAGAAAUACAGGUUUUUCACAUUUGAAUUUGAAAGGAAAACAGCAGAUAGGGCAGUGAGAAAAAAGAGAGGGAGGGAGAGAGAGAGAGAGAGAGAGAGAAACUCAACUACGCUGAGGGGUGUGUCAUAGCAAUUUAGUUCCUUAAGGAAGUAAAACUCAACAUUAUCUUAAGACUGGGCGGUGAGCACUGACAGGAGCGCUGCAGGAGGGCUGUUUUUAUGGCUUUUGGUACUUUCCUCGCCAGAGAUGAAGGUAUCCUGUUAAUCUGACCUGCCUGUGCUGUCAAAGUGAUACGCAGAGCGGAGGCAGAGAGACAUCUGACACACACAAGGAGGGAGGGGGACUGAGCAAACACUCAGACAACCAUGGAGGCAUUCAACUCCAAGGACUUGGCCAUGAAGGCGCAGAAGAAGAUCCUGAGCAGCAUGGCCAACAAAAGCACCGUGCAACGAUUUAUAGACGACACCACCAGUGAAAUACUGGACGAACUGUACCGGGUUUCCAAGGAGUACACGGGAAACAAAGCCACGGCUCAGAAGGUCAUUAAAAAUCUGAUCAAGAUCGCUGUCAAGAUCGGAGUGCUGUAUAGGAACAACUGUUUCAGCGAGGAGGAACUGAAGCUAGCCCAGGAAUUUAAGAAAAAGCUCCAUACAGGAGCCAUGACGGCCAUCAGCUUCUAUGAGGUGGACUUUACCUUCGACAAGACGGUGAUGUCGGAAAACCUGACGGAGUGCCGGGAUCUGCUGCUGAAGCUGGUCAAGGCCCACCUCACCCCCAAAUCCCACGAACGCAUCAACCACGUCUUCAACCAUUACGCCGACCACCAGCUCCUGACCAAACUGUACGACCCGAACGGAUCCUUCAGACCCAACCUCACUAAAAUCUGCAAAGGACUCAACAAACUGGUGGAGGACGGGACGAUAUGAUGCGGGAGGAACCUGCUUGCAGCACACAUUGGGAGACAAACAGGAAAACACACUUAAGACUCUGGACCACUGGAGGAAAUUUGGUAUUACCGCUGCUGAGGAAAGGCAACUUAAGAAACAAACAUGGCUCCCCCUUAGCUGUCAAAUAACAUGUUUGAUGAGGGCAUAGGGUUAAAGGAAUUACCUUACAAUUGUAAAAUGUAGAGGGGACACAUCCUGUGUAAGUAAAGUCCAUCAGAAACUUGAAUUUCAGCAGAUUUAAACUGCAUCAGUGGUCCAAAAUGCUGUUGGUCGUUUUAUACUUGGGACUGUAUUUGUUCUUUUUCACUGAGACCUAAGGACUGUGUACAUUUUGUAGGAGAAUGAAACAGCAGCUGACACGUUUUAAUAAUAAUUAAAAAAAAAGGGACAGGAAAUGCCACUGUACUGCAACACCGCCACCUGGUGGUCAUCAUGUGAUGCUGUAAUGUGGAGAUUACUAUACAAGUAAUAAAAAGGGAAAUAACCACGUAA